AUGAUGAAGGGAACGAAACGACCAUCGACUUCUCCUAAUGAUGAUCGAGAAAAGAAGAAGAAGAAGAAACUACAAAUUCGAUUGAACGAAAGAACUUCGUUGACUUGUAUCGAACACUUUUCCAACGAGUUAUUCUAUGAAAUCUUCGAUUAUCUCGAUGGCAUCGAUAUCUACAAUACUUUCACCGAUCUCAAUUAUUGUUUUCAUCAAAUCCUCACUUCUCCAUCUCUUCUACUCAAAAUCAAACUCAACGAUUGGGAAUCAAAUAAAAGAUUUCCAAUCAAAUACAAACAUUUUCUACAGAUGAACAAACAUCAAAUCUUUUCUCUUAGUUUAUCGAAAUCAACAAGUCAUGGAAUUCAAUUAAAUCUUCUCAUCUCACUUCUUCUCAAAUUGACUCGUUUACCUUGUCUCUUCUCCUUGACUAUCAAUGGACUCAACACAUUUCACAAUCUCACCAAUAUCUAUCGAUUAAUCUAUGCAUUACCGAAAUUGAAAUACAACAAAUUUUGUUAUCAUGGUGAUCAUAGUUUCACUUCAUUAUCAAAAGCCAAAGAAAAACACUUCAGUCCACUCGAAUAUCUUAUUCUCGAUCAUCCUUGUACUUUUCAAGAACUUUUCUCAUUGAUUUCUUAUACUCCACAUCUUCAUCGCUUAACAUUUCUACACAAAUGGUUUAUACACGAUGAAAAUUUCAAUCAAAUCUCAUCGAUUGAUCUUCCAUAUUUAUCUCAUCUCACUGUCAAUUCUUAUUAUGGAACAUUUGAUGAUCUUCAAAUAUUUAUUAGCAAAAUUCACUGUAAAUUAACCAUUUUCAAUCUUUUUAUAGUAUCUCCUGACAUCACUUUCCUCUCGGGUGAUCGAUGGGAACGAUUUCUCAUUCAAUAUUUACCUCAUUUAGUGGAAUUUUCUUUCAAAUAUUCUUUAUCUUUUGCUGAGAUUCAGGAAAAUGUUGACUUCGAUCGAAAUAUGCAAAAUCAGUUUCAUUCUUCAUUUUGGAUUCAACAAAAUUGGAUUCUCGAUGUUGAAAUUGACUUCAAUGCCAUUGUUUAUUCAAUCAAACCAUUUUGGAAACAUUUCAAUAGAAAUUUACAAUGGUUUUCUCAACAACAAGACUAUUCAAUGGAAUUAUCAAAUAAACUUUCGAAAUCAACACGAUUAGUCAUUAUUUAUGAAUUAUUUAAUGACAAUAUGGAUGAUUUACUUUCAUAUAUUGAUCAUAACGGUGGUUUAUUUCUUUUGACUGUUGGUGGUGGAGGCGGUCCCAUAGAUCAAACUCUUGGUGUAGGUAUACAUAGAAUGGUACAAGCUGCUGUAUUUCCAAUCGGUCUUAUAAUGAUUGUUACUACUGGUGCCGAUUUAUUUACUGGUAAUACAAUGUCUUUAAUUAUAUCAACAUUAGAUCGAAAAACAACAUUAAUUAAUCUUAUUGUAUCUUGGAUAGUUUCUUACUUCGGAAAUCUUGUUGGUUGUCUAUUUUUUCAAUAUAUAUUUGUUUAUUAUGCAGGUCUUCUUUCAAAUGAACCAUAUCGUUCAUUUACAAUGAAAGUAGCUGAAUCAAAAAGUACCAUUGAAUGGCAUCAAAUACUUUUGCGAGGUAUUGCUGGCAAUUGGCUCGUAUGUCUUGCAUUAUGGAUGGGUACAAGUGCACGUGAAUUAAGUUAA